UUAGUGUGUCCAUAUAUCGACAGCUAACGCAUUUGCUGAGUAGAAUAAAGAUGCACUCAUCUGCAUUGUAUUCCUUUUCUUUAGUAGUUUUGUUGACAUACUGUGAAACUUUGCUGAUUGGAAAGGUUCCUUCUGAGGAUUAUUAUGAAGUGGAUUUUGGGAAUUUAGAAGAGGAUAUCCCACAAAUAAAUACAGAAUCCCAGAGCUUUUUGGUUCAGGGAGACAUUGCAGUGGCUCGACGGCGGAAUGCUCUUAAAGACCCAACAAGGAGAUGGAAAUUGCCAGUUCCAUAUAUUCUAACAGAUAGUCUUGAUUUAAAUGCCAAGGGUGUCAUCUUGCAUGCGUUUGAGCAGUUUCGCUUAAAGUCGUGCAUUGAUUUUAAACCAUACGAAGGAGAGAAAUCUUACCUAUCUUUUAAAAAAUUAAAAGGGUGCUGGUCUUAUGUUGGUAAUAGCCAAAAAGGCCAAGAAUUGUCCAUUGGUAAAAAAUGUGACAAAAAAAAUAUUGUUGAGCAUGAAAUUCUGCAUGCUCUAGGAUUUUACCAUGAGCAAGCAAGAACAGACCGUGAUGACUAUGUUAACAUUCGGUGGAAUGAAAUUAUUCCUGAUAAGACGAAUAAUUUUAAAUUGCUUGGUGAUGACCACAUUACUGACCUGAAUACUCCAUAUGAUUAUGAAUCUGUGAUGCAUUAUCCACCAUUCUCCUUCAACAAAAACGCUAGAGAGCCAACCAUCACUGCAAAGAUACCAGCGUUUAACGACAUUAUUGGACAGCGAUUAGACUUCAGUGCUCUUGAUCUGCUAAGGUUAAAUCGAAUGUAUAAUUGCAAUUCCACUCUCACAAUGUUGGACCAAUGUGCAUUUGAGCUUCUUAAUAUCUGUGGCAUGAUCCAGGGAGAACAGGAAGUUGCUGAUUGGGUUCAUGUGAAGAGCAGUCCUGGAAAUGAGGAUCAUACUACAAGUGGAAAAUGUAGCGAUGCUGGAUAUUUCAUGUACUUUGAUACUGAGAAUGGCAACACUGGUCAAAGUGCUUUUCUGGAGUCCAGGAUUCUGUAUCCCAGAAGGAAUGAGCAGUGUCUUCAGUUUUUCUAUAAGAUGACAGGCAGUCCAAUGGAUAAGCUCGUUAUAUGGAUGAAAAUAGAUGAUGGAACUGGAACUGUCAGAAGACUAGUCAAACUUCAUACAUUUCAAGCGGAUGGCAGCCAGUCAUGGAACAUUGCCCAUGUGACCUUCAAUGCGACAGCCAAGUUUCGUUAUGUUUUCCAAGGAGUAAUUGGUAACUCCCGUGAUUCUUCAGGUGGUAUUUUCCUGGAUGAUGUCACCCUUACGGAGACCAAGUGUCCUCAUGGUGUCUGGCACCUGAGGAACUUCACCGAAGAGCUUGAGAACAAUGAUAGAAACGAAAUAUUCAGUCCAUGCUUCUUUAGCCCAGAAGGAUACAGAUAUGGCUUAAUCUUAAGACCUCAUUCUUUUGUGAAAAAUUAUACAGGAAUCUUUUUCCAUCUGUGCAGUGGUGAAAAUGAUGAUAGGCUUGAAUGGCCGGCUGGGAACAGACAAGCUAUCGUUACAAUAAUGGACCAGCAUCCUGAUGUGAAACUUAGAAUGUCGUCUACUCGAAGCUUCACUACAAAUGGAAGACUUUUUAAACCAGGCAAAAAGAACAACUUUUGGGACAAGCCCACAUUAACUGGAAAAUAUGAUCAUGCAUGUAACUGUUACCGGAGUUCCUCCAUGGGAUGGGCAGGAUUCAUAUCACACAAGCAGCUCCACCGCAGAAGUUUCUUAAAAAAUGAUGACCUCAUUAUUUUUAUUGAGUUCAAUGAUCUGACUCCACUGAUUUAUACAGAGGUGCCGAUUAAUCCCAAGAGUUCUCCAUUAAGGGAGCGGCGAGCAGCAGAACAGUCUGGAUACGCAGCAGAGCGUCAGCUACAAAGUCACCAGGAGUGCAGUCCUGGCUAUUGCCUGAAUGGUGGAAUAUGUGUUAUUGUGAAUGGGAAAGCAAGCUGCAGGUGUGCCUCAACCCAAACUCAUCAGCACUUUGGUGAUCGCUGUGAAAGAGCACAGGUUCACGGCACUCUCCUGGGAGUCCUGGUUGGUGCAAUUGCAGGUGUGCUGGUGUUGACUAUUGCUGUUAUUAACAUGAUUGCCAGGAAACGAAAUUAAAUCAUCAUAAUGCUCUUAGGUGGAUUAUAGAAACAUAGAAAACCUACAGCACUAUACAGGCCCUUUGGCCCACAAAGCUGUGCCAAGCACAUCCCUAUCUUAGAAAUUACUAGGCUUACCUAUAGCCCUUUAUUUUACUAAGCUCCAUGUACCUAUCUAAAAGCCUCUUAAAAGACCCUAUCGUAUCCGCCUCCACCAGCGUUGCCAGCAGCCCAUUCCAUGCAAGAUUAUAAAUUGAAAUUUUCACUAGUUUACAAAUCUUUAAAUGUCUUGCAAGAACUUGCAUGAGUUUUGUGUUCAAUCGUAAUUUCAUGAAGUUUAGUCGUAUUUGUAUCUCCUCACAUUAAACAUGACUAUUAUUUCUAAUUGUAUUAUGGGUAAUAAAGCAUAUAAUAAGUAAGUGAGUCAACCUGUUAAGCACUCAAUGGAUUGCAGUAUUGCUUUGUAGAGCCUUUACAAUAAAUCAUUAUACCUGUUC